AUGCCGCGUCAAUCCAGUAUCGAUCUAGACUCGCCUGAACGCCCCUUUGAUAAUAUUAUCAACUUCCGUGAUGUCGCUCAGUCCAUUAACAAGUUCUGUGGUGAACAGAUCCUGAGAGAAGGUGUGAUCUAUCGAAGUGCAAGGCUGGAUGAUGCCUCAGAACGAGAUAAACGCCGCCUUACAGAUGAACUGCACAUCGCCACAGUUGUCGAUCUACGAUCGCAGACGGAACAUCUGAUGGGAACCCGUAAACGGCGCGCGGAAAAUGCUGGUUCGACAGAGAAUAUCGACCUGAACGGCUCUAUACCAAUCGCAGACGAACAUCUUCUUCAAAUUCCGGACUGUCAUCGUGCCCUUAUAAGCUUGACGGGAAAGGCUUUUGAACGCGCUUUAUUAUGGAAAUUGGACUGGGCUACUUAUAUGAAAGUCAUCAUUAUGGUCGCGACGGGUUAUAGGGCUGAUGCGGUUCGCCUCGUUGGUGAACAGGUUAUGCAACCGCGUGGUCUAACGGGUUUGGCUAAGGAUACUCUGGAUGCGAGUACUGCUGAGAUUCGUGCUUUCUUUGAGCUUCUAGCGCGUGACGAGUCAUAUCCCCUCCUCGUACACUGUACCCAGGGCAAGGAUCGGACUGGGUUGGUUAUCUUGAUGAUACUGCUUUUACUGGAGAAGGUUCCGACAGCUGCGAUCAUGGAUGAUUAUGUUCGGUCUGAGCUGGAGUUAGUCCCUGAGUUUGAGGAGCGCAUGAAGGAAAUCCGCCUUCUUGGUCUUGGGAAAGAAUAUACGCGCUGUCCACCGGGCUUUGUGGAUGCUACGACCGAAUAUUUGAAUGCCAAAUAUGGGGGCGUUGUUGGGUAUUUGGAUGGGAUUGGGAUUAAUGCCGAGAUGCAAGAGCACAUUCGGCGGAAACUUUUGCUUUGA